ACCUCCACGCGCAGCGGCAGGGGGGCGGUGCUGCCGCGCCGUGUGCGCCGUCGCCAUGGUAACCUUGCUAGCCCUCGGCCUAGGAAGCGGUAUUUUUGGAGUUAAUGGAGUCAGAAGGACCCCCAGAGCCAGAGUGUUCAGAAAAAUCACUGUUUUUCUCACAGCACGAAGAACAGGAAGAUGAAGAAGAAGAAGAAGCCAAAGAAGAAGAAGAAAAAGAAGAAGCCAAAGAAGCAGAGGAAACUGCCACCAUUAAUCCCCUCUUACAGCCUGCACUCACAGGGGAUGUAGAAGGUCUGCAGGAGAUAUUUGAGGAUCCUGGGAACCCUCACCAUGAACAGGCCAUGCAGCUACUCUUGGAAGAAGACAUGGUUGGGAGAAAUUUGUUAUAUGCAGCUUGCAUGGCUGGGCAAAGUGAUGUGAUUAGAGCUUUGGCCAAAUACGGUGUGAAUCUGAAUGAAAAAACAACCAGAGGUUACACACUCUUACACUGUGCUGCAGCUUGGGGUCGUUUGGAAACUUUGAAAACCCUGGUGGAAUUGGAUGUUGAUAUAGAAGCUCUGAACUUCCGGGAAGAAAAAGCUCGAGAUGUUGCUGCUCGGUAUUCCCAGACUGAGUGUGUUGAAUUCUUGGACUGGGCAGAUGCAAGGCUGGCACUGAAAAAAUAUAUUGCGAAGGUCUCUGCAACUGUUACAGACCCAGAAAAGGGCCCAGGGAAGCUUUUUAAGGAAGACAAGAAUACCAUCCUCAGUGCAUGCCGUAUAAAAAAUGAGUGGUUGGAAACCCAUUUGGAAGCUUCCAUUAAUGAGCUUUUUGAGCAGAAACAGCAAUUGGAAGAUAUUGUGACUCCUAUCUUCACAAAAAUGGCUACACCACGUGAGUCUGUACUAGUCAAAGUGUCAACAGUAACUCAUCCAGGUUCAUCAAUUGAGACUGAAAAAACAAUGCAAAACCCAAACCUGUCCUUCUGGGCACAAGAAGAAGGUAACAGACCUGAUUUACUCUGUGGAAGGUCAGCUGACUAUACUAUCGAAAAGGUGUAUUUCCCAGUUCUUGUAUGUUCUACUAUUGUUUUGGGAGGACUUCUGAGAGCAUUUUUAAAGAAUUCUGAAGUCAUUGUCUUGAUGAUUCUUUCUCUAUUUGGAUUUUUGGUAGGACAACUGGCCUACAGUUCAAUUCAGGUGCACCGAAUCAUCUACCCUCUUCUAAGAACACCAAGUUUUUCACUCUAUUGUUAUUUUUCACCUUUAAUUAUAUUUAUGGCUGCAUUGGAUGUGGAUUUUUAUAUACUCAAGAAUGUGUUUUGGCAGGUCUUGUUAACUGGAUUAAUUAGCUUUUCUACAGCAUUCAUCAUAAUUGGAUAUGUGGUUCUGAAAUUCAACAAAGAUUCCUGGGAUUUGCAGUCUUGCCUACUCUUUAGCAUGACUCUUGGCAUUACAGAUCCUGUUCAUUCUGUGAAUUCACUGAAAACUAUUGGCAUUUCUAAAAUGUAUACUGAUAUCAUUAGAGGAGAAUCAAUGAUUAUCUGUGGCUUCACAUCCAUUUUUUUUGGAAUUUUACGGAGCAAGUUACUUAGCAUUUCCAGUUUUAAGGAGUUACAUAUAAUCAUAUGCCUCUGCUUGGACAUUUUUGGAAGCACAGUAUGUGGAUAUUGGUGUGCAAGGAUCAUUCAGUUUAUAUUGACUGACCUUUUUAGCAAUACGCUGACCAAUAUCGUUCUUUGUAUUUCAAUGGUGUACAUGACUUUCUACAUUGUGGAAUUUUUGGGAAUGUCAGGUAUGGUUGCUUUAGUCACUGUAGGACUGAAUUUAGAUUCCUUAAGCUUUAAACCGAGGAUCGAGUUAAUAAUUACUAAGUUUCUAAUAAUGUUUUCAUAUGUGUUCCAACAUUUAAUAUAUACUUUCUUUGGCAUUGUGAUUGGAUGUGCUGAAAUCAAGUAUAUUCAGUUUCAAACCAUAGUUUUCAUGUUCGUCUUAUUUGUCACAGUUUGUCUUGCAAGGUUAGUUACUAUUGUAUUAGUGAGCCCAAUUCUGAGGCAUUCAAGUUAUGAGUACAAUUGGAGAUGGGCAGUUGUUAUAGCAUGGUCUGGAAUUAAAGGAGUUUUUAGCUUACUCUUGGCUCCUGAUAUUCAUAAUCUGGCUGAACAAAAAGUAGAGUCACCACAGCUGUUUAUAUUGUAUAUACAAGUAAUAUCAUUAAUGACUAUGGGGAUAAAUUCAUACAUGAUGACUCAUUCAGCCAGGACAUUAGGUUUGUGUGCCAUCUCUCUUCCAAGACAAAUGGCCAUGCAAAAUGCCAUUAAGCACAUCCAGGAGAUAAUACAGAACAAAAUAACUUUAUUUAAAACUGAAAAAAUUUUGACAAAUGUUAAUUGGACCUUAGUAGAAGAAAAAACAAGAAUUGAAUACAUCAUUCCUUCUGAUACUGUUCAGUUUGCCCACACUUCAUAUGAUAAAAAAGCAAAGGAGGAGUGCCCAACCGAUGAGGUUUUAAUAGAAGAAGCCAGAUUGCAUAUAGCUAUAAUACAAAUGAGUAGCUUUGAAAAACAGUGUAACGAUGGAGUCCUUGGUGUAGAGGCAGCCCGGACAUUAAUUGGUGCAAUCAAAAGCUAUUGCCACGUUCAAGGAAAAUUCGUGAGUAUUUAUGAUGUUUCAACUUAUGUAAGAGCUAGAAGUUGGCUUAUGAAGUUUAAAAACCUGUUAACUUUUUUGGAAUAUCAUAAAGAUAACAUAUCUCCCUUUUUAUAUGAGAAUAAUAAAUUUUUGACUUUUAUAUAUCACAUUGUAUUUUCAGAAGAAUUUGAAUAUGCAGGAUAUAUUAUAGCAAUAAUAUACAUUUACCCUAUGAUAAUGCAUCUAUGGCCAAUGGCAAGAGAAUUAAAUGUAUCAGCACUGAUAUUAGUAAACUACUAUUUUGUGUUCUUAUAUCUAUUAGAGUCGACAUUGAAGAUAAUAAUUUUGAAAAGGAAAUACUUUCAUCAGCACUGGAAUACUUUGGAGUUUUUUAUCGUGAUUAUUGGAAUCAUUGAUAUAUUUUGUAUAUACUUUGUCAAGCUGAGACCAGACAACUUGGUUCUUAUUCAAUUUACAGUAAUAAUGGGUUAUUUCAGAAUAAUUAGAUUUUUUCCUCUUAUCAAGAUAAUAAUACCACUGCUAAUAAAUAUUGUAGAUGUGCAGAUCAAAAAGCGCCUGAGCUUGAUGUAUAGUAUUACAAAAGGUUAUGUCAAAAGCCAAGAGGAUACCAAAUUUUUAAUAAGACAGAUUUCUAGCCGAGAAUCAAUAAAUCAGAAAUUAUACGAAAUUUUGGAAACCAACAAACGAGAUGCUGUCAAAGAACUAGGACUUAUAGAGCAUGAGGGUCGUGAUGUUGUCAUUGCUUUGAAAACUAAGCAGGCAAUCCGGAACGUGAUUGCUAAAGCUCUGAAAAACCUCACCUUCCUUUGGUCAAGAGGCAUUAUUGAUAAACAUGAGGGCGUUGAGAUGAAUAAGGUACUUCUUACAAAAAUAAAAUCACUGAAUAACAUUCCAAUGGCAAUCCCUCCCCCUACUCCUGACAAAUAUCUUCAUAACAUCGUUUGGCUGGAAAAUAAAGAUGCUCUUAUUGAGUUCUUCAAGGAUAGAGCCAAACUUGCCUAUUUUGACUAUGGAGAUAUCAUUUGUAAAGAAGGUGAAAUGCCACAAGGAAUCUACUUAAUUAUUUCAGGAAUGGCAAUUCUGCAGAGUUCACCUCCAACCUUUGGAAUAGAGAGGAGCCUAAGGGCUGAAAGAGAGUCCACAUCCAGGUUUACAGAGUACUGUACUAGCGGGGACAUAAUUGGAGAGCUGUGCUGUCUGCUUAAGCGUGAGUUUGAAUAUACUGCCAUCUGUGAAACUAUUUUACAGGCCUGCUUUAUCUCCCUGGAGGAUUUAUAUGAAGGUUUUGAUGUCUUCUGGCCAUCCCUGGAAUAUAAAAUAUGGCUAAAGCUUGCUCUCAGUAUUGCCUAUCAGUAUUUUGAAUCAAGUCUUGUUGAUGAGGACUUAACGUUUCAGAAAUGCGUGGUGCUCAAUCAUGCAUAUGUGGAGACUUUAUCGAGCUAUAACGAAGUGACUAUUGAUAAUGUGAACAUGAAAUUCGUUAUUGUUGUGUACGGCAGUGUUAUUGAUACUAAGACAGAGAUACCAUAUCUUGCACCUUGCAUUUUACCUAAAACCUGUGAACAGGUGCAGGGAACUUCAGAUUUAAGCAAGCUGCUGAUUAUCCAAGCAUCUGAGCCUGUUAAAAAUAGCAACACCAAGGCUAUGGCCCACACCAGUUUUGAAAUGACCAAGAGAGACUAUAACUGGAAGCGAAAAGAUGAGUUGGAAGCUGGAACCCAUUUUAGAAAAGGAUAUUAAUGGCACUAAUGUGAUAUGUGGAGUCAGGUUAAAGACCAAGCUAAUAUCCUGACUCAAGUGCCGAACGAUGAUCUGGCAAGGAGUUUAUUUAGAAAUUGCUAAAACAAUUUACUGCUGCAUUUAUUUUACAGGUGAUUGAUGGACUGCUCCAAAAGCUCUGAUUUUAAGUUGUUACAUUAUACUUGAGAUGUUCAAAAUUCUUCAGGAUAAUAUAUCCUAAAAUUUAUGGCCUAGCAAAUGAAAUCCUGUAUCCAGCUGAGGGCAAGUUAUAAUAGAGUACAAGUUAUCACAAGCGUAAAUUAACAUAUUACUAUCUAAAGCAUAUGAUGUAUAAUUUUGAUUUGUGAUAUUGCUAUAGUAAGUAUCUCCCUAACAUUUUUUCAAAGCUAUUUCCCCCAUUCCCAGUUUAGUAAAUAUUGGAAAAUGGAACUCUAUUCCAUAAUCUCAGUUUCUGAAAGCAAAGCUUAAGAGAAAUUAACAAGCUUACAUUGCAUACUAUUUUUGAUAUCACUUUUCAUUUUAUUUUAAAGUCAAAUAAAAUUAAAUUUUAUGGUCUGAUUAUUUAGAAUCCAUAAUUCCUUUUCAUCUUAAGAUUUUAAAAGAACACAUGAUUCUCUACUCCAGGGUAAACCGUAAUGGAAGAAUAGAAGGAAACAUGAGAAAAAAGUCAAGCCUAACUAUUAAGAACUUUUCGGAUAGCUAGAAUAGGGCAGUAUUUCUCAGAGUGGCCUGUAGGGCACCUGUGUCUCAACAAAUGUCAGAUGUGGCUGCACAUUACAGAAACCACAGGACUGGUUGCUAAAGGAAGUUAUCACAGACCCAGGCUCUUUUUAGGCUCCUCUCCAUUCUUGGCCUGUGCUUUCAUCCUUAGGGUGGCAAAACAACAUCUGUCACUCAGGCAUCCCAUUUGCUUUUCAGUAAGGCAAGUUCCUUUCUCAUUACUGAGCUUUGCUUUUAGUAGGAAGGGACCCCCACCCUGGGGGCAGCACCGUCACAUGACUAUACCUAUUUGUCACUGUAAGAUGAAUUUUAACUGGCAACUCACUUUGUCACCCUUAAUACAAUCUAGGUCUUUUAGUAAAGAAUAAAGGGAAAUGGGUAUUGGGUCAGCUGCAGUGUCUGCUGUGCACUCUUAUCGCAAUUACCUGUGCUCCAGAUGAACUUCUGGUCACCUGUAGACUCAAUCUCUGGGGGUAGGCCCCUGACCUCUGCAUUUUAACAUGCUCUUCAUGUGAUUUAAUACAUAUCGAGGCUUGAGAUCCACAGGGUAGGGGAUGAAGAAGAAGCAGAAAACAAAUGUCUGCUCUACCAUCUUGCUUAUGAGGCAUAUUGCCAAGUAUUUGAAACAACUAGAGGACAAUACUUCACUCCAGCUACAUCAGGAUGCUUUUGGCCUCAGGCAGCAGAAAACCCAAUUCAAAAGGCUUGAACACUAAGGUAAUUUAUUAUUUUACUUAAUAGAAGUCCAGAAGUAGGAGGGGUUCACAGUUGGUAGGUAGAUUGGUGAUGACGGAGGAUCAAGGUUUUUUUCUUUCUCUCCACUUGGCUGUUGACCUUUACAGCCUCAUCCUAUGGCUGGACUCCAGCUCCCAGGCUGUAAGUCAACUGCCAGCAGCAAUCCGUGCUUCAUGUUUUCUUGUUCAUAUUCAGUGUGAGAGAAAAAGAGGCUUCCAGUUGCUCUCGAGUCAAGAAUUCUUUAGAAACUCUGAUAAUCCUCUAUUUGUGUCUCAAUCCCAAGAACUGAAUCACAUGUCCAUUUCUGAGCUAAUCACUGACAAGAAGGUGGCAAUGACCUUUUAAUUAGUUAAUGCACCCUUUGAGUCAAAGUUGUAUUUCCUCAAUUUGUGUUGUCCUGAAGGGAUGGGGUCAAAUGGAGUAAUCACUGUCAGUUCACUGCAUCCAAUAAUUGACAUCUUGACUUGGCCCUUUAGAAACAGCUGUUCUGGCUUCUUACCCCAUCUUGAGCUUUUCAAUGCAGAUUCCUACCCUUAGGGUAGAGGUUGGAGGUGAGGUCAGACUUUAAACAAGACCACACAUGGGACUCAAAUUUAUCACUUUACUAAUCUAUCUAAAUUAGCCUAAGCAUUUGAUGAUUCCUUGAGAAGUCAUAUGGUACGCUGCCUCUCAAAUUCUUAUACUUUUCUCAUAGCCACAAGGGCCAUAUAAUUCACUUUCUGUUAAUACGUCUUUGGAUUUAUUAAAUCUGUUCUCCCCGUGGAAAUUGAGAGCAAUAAUUCUAGAAAGGCAGACUCUCCUCCCCAUGCCCAAUAGUGUAUUAAAAAAUGUACGUGUCAUCACCUCUACCCUGGCAAUGCAUGUUCAUUGAUUAACAUUUUAUAUUUGGAAAAGAAUGCUUUUAGUCUCAGGGCUUCAUCCUGCUUAGUGUCAGAGUCAGAGCUCAAUUUGAGGGUUCAUGACCUCCUUUUUCCUUGAGCUUUUCAGCAUUUUUAUGCUGACAUCAUCUAUAUGGGUAGAUAGAUACAGCCAAACAAAACACCAAGGUUUGGGUGCCUGAGAGAGUGAUAAGAGGGGCAAAAUAUUUAUUGGGGGAAAAUUGAUGAAUUUGAUUUUGAAUUUAUAAAAUUCAAUGGCCAGUGUUCCAUUGAUCAGUAAAGAUAAGACUCAAGUUUGAAUAAUUAGUGUUGGAGAUUUAGACUUUGAACUGUUACCAUGAAAGAAAGUCGAAGCCAGACGAGGACUUAAGAAUAACUUGAUUUCUCAAAGCGACUUCUAUAAAACAUGGUACCAGGGACCAUGUUUUACACAAUUCUACUCAAAAAAAUAUAGAGGGUUACAUGAAAAAGAUUUGAACAGGUAUGGGACACUUCUUUCUAAACCCAGGACUAAUUAGAACAGUAUAAGUCUGAGAGACUCUAAGUCAGAGUACUUAAUACCCUUUCCAGAAGAGCACAGAUGUCCCAUUAUUCUCAAGGUUCAUAUUCUUAAACCCAACAGUCCCACAAAAACGUUAGGUUAAGGAGAGCUCUUUACAGCAAGCGUCGCACAGUCCACAGGAUCUAGGCAAGUAACCCAAAGAAGCAAAGUAGGUGGUGAAAUCACGUGUUCAUCGGUUGCCCCACCCUUUUCAUUAUGUGAAAUUUUAUCUCCCUGUCUUCAGAGAAAAGCACCAGGGUCAAUCCCACUAAAAAGGAAACAUCUGCCCCCAGGGCACACAUCUAAAGUAGUAGUUCAAAACAUGACAACAGAAUUCUCUGAUUGCAUUUUAACAAAGGGUUUAUUUGCUGAUUCCUAAAAAGCAAAAUUCAGAAAAUAGCCCCCCUCCCCCACUUAUGACUAAUUCUAUAGUAGAACAUUUCCAAUUGUCCUCUCUUGCCAAGGUGUGCACUUUCAUGGGCACUUCAUCAUAGAGCAGACCGACAUCCAGAGAUACUUUGAAAGGCACCUGGCACUGGUUGUACUGCUCAUGCCUUCUGGUACACCUCCCUGGCAGGGAAGGGGAACCUUUUCUGUAGUUGCCCCCUUUCAACAGAAAUUCAAUGAAAAAAUUUCUUGAUAGCAAAGUAUUUAAAGAUCCCUCCCCCAGCUUCAGUCAUCAACUGGAAAAGUACAGAAUUGAAAAAGUUUUUCCCAGCUGUGAUCAAAACAUGGAAUACUGAAGAACAUCUGGAGUACUCUACAUCCUUAGGUUCUGUACUUAGAUGUGUACAGGGAAGUUGAACCCCACGUUCUAUUGCUUUCCAAAAUGGGUAACAGAAGAGAGGAUUUGAUUAGAAUAGCUAAAAAACAAAACAAAACAAAACAAAAAA